GCGCUGUGCUUCAAGAGGAACGUCCCAUGGCGGGCAUGCAGGCACACGUUGUUCUGCCUGCAGCUGAGGGUGGAAGAAGACCAGCGACGAUGGAGCCUUCACGGCGGUACGACCCGUCCAUGUACAACCAUCUGCCAUCGUGGGAGACGCCGCUGCCUUUCUCGGACGAGGAGCCGGAGGGGGAUGAACUUCCAACGUUUCCUCUCGGCAGCGGGUCGACGCAGCUGUUGUCACAGACGGUGCUCGCAGGCGGGUCGGCAAGCAACAAACGCGGCGAGUACACGACACUCCUGCAGCAAGGCUUGGGAGACGAUAACGAUGGGGGAGUUGAUCUCUGGUUCGGGUUGUGUUCUGGCGCCGCUAGGGAGCAGAGCCGCACGUUCAUCAUUGACGCCGAUCGUUCACCACGUGGCGUUCAACAAUCUAGAAGUCAGCAUACAGAGCGGUCCACACUUCGUGGCGGUGCGUCCGUUACUAGCGGUGUCGGGCCAUCGGCAGCAGGCCGGCAGCAUGGAUCGAGUGCACCGUCCGCCGAUCGAUUGACAAGUACCUGCCCCGCACGCAAUGGAGUCGCAGUCGAGUCCCUGCGCAGCGGCGGUGCACGUCCUUCGAUGCCCAAAAGCACAACGCCGACCCAACUCGACCUCAGGGACGACGGCACGUGCAGACCAGCGGUGCGUCCAGCACCCACUGUGGAGAACAUCACAAGAGGAGUGUCAAACAUGAGGGCACACAGCAAUGGCGGCGACGACGAUGGUGGUGGCGGUGACGAUGCCGACGAACGAUUCAGGGAGGACGUGGAAGCAGGGGACGACGACGACGACACUCCUAUUCGGCCUUUGGGGAAGACGGGUGGGAGGGGUAGAGGACGCAGCAGGGGUGCUGUUCGUGGUCGAUCCAUUGGCCGUGGUGACAGAGGUGGCGUCAGCGACGACGGCGGGAAGUCUGCGACGUACUGGUCCCCGGAAAUGCAACUGGUGAGAUGCAAGCGGGAGCAAGAGAUGCACCUUGCCGGUCUGGGUCACAAUUACGGGCGGAUGCGGACAAAGGAGUGGAAGUGGGACGACAUUGCCCAGCGCAUGGCGAACGCGGGGAAGCCUAAAGACGCGGAGGACAGCAUGAAGAAGUGGGACAAUAUCUUCCAAAACUACAAGAAGAUACAAAGGUUUCAGAAUGCAAGUGGCCGGCCAGAUUUCUUCCGGCUAUCGAAUGAAGAAAGGAAGGAGCACAACUUCAAGUUCCGGAUGAAGAGGGCACUGUACAACGAAAUCCACGCAGGCAUGGUGGGAAACCACACAAUUUUCUCUCCCAACAUCGCCGACACCGGAAGUCCGGACGGGGUGCAGCUGCCCAGGCGAGGAGCGGGUGUUGGGGCGUCCGUUGGUAGUGAGGGCGCUGGUGAAGGCUUCCCUGAAGAACGUUCUACUACGAGGGACUCCGACAACAACGCAGCCAGCGAGGCUGGAGGCGGGAAGCGAAAGAAUGCGCGUCAACAUGAGUUGGAGUCGAUUUCUGAUGUCAUGGACCGCCAUGGCGAACUGAUGUCGUCGACGAUCGAAUCGUCUAGCAAGCGGCAAUGCAGCAUAUUCACGAGGCAAUGCGACAUACUGGACCAGGAAGUUGCAUUCCAGAAAGCGCACUACGUGGCAUCCGAUGAGACGCAGAGGAUGAUGUGCCACACACUUAUGAAGAUCAUUGCCGCCAUCCGUGACACGGAGAAGGCUCCCGUCGUCGAUCUUGGCAGCGAUGAUGACGAGCCCUUGGAGAGACGUCGCAUUCGCAUUCGUACAACGGCGACCCCACCGCCGGCGGUGAUGGCACGCGCUGCUGCAAACGAAAGGCCAGUCUUGAGUAGGCUGCUCGCCACGCCAUCUCAGCCACAUCAGCGCAACGAGGGUGGUGAUGGAGGGUCCGUCCAACGCGGCGGCUGGGGGGAAGUCGUGGCAGAUGCGCGCGCAGUUCAGGCCGAGGAGGCAGGUGCUGCGGGGGCGGGUGGUUCAGGCACCGUGGCCGCCCUUGCGACGGCGAGGGAGGAGGCAGCAGUUGUGGCGACGGCGAGAGAGGAGGCGCGUGGCGAGAAGAAAGGCGAUCGGGAGGCCGGCGAGCCCGGUUCAAGCCGGCAAGCGAUCUCCCGUAUGGCGGAGGUGGUGAACGUAGCUCUGCGCAUCUUGCACGGUUGGGUAUUCAAGUCCGGGAACCGAACAAGGGGAUACCAUGUGGCUUUCCAGUACUCGCUCGAAUCCUUUGCGACGGACAUUGCGCGUGCUAUGUGGUACGGCGAGGAGUGGUGCGACGUCGUCAGUCCGACGGUUUGCGUGCACACGAUAGAUCUGUCCAUGGACAUGCCACUUUGGUUCGCCGACGCCAACAUCGAGGACAGACCGGAUAACAACGACAUGGCGGCGCACCAGGAGUCCACCGUCAUCUGCGUCGCCCAUGCAUUCCGCGCGGCGGUGCAAAUGGGGGCGCUCAUUGACGGCGAGUUCAUCUCGCACGAUCGUCUUUGUCGGGUGGAUGACUGCUUCAGGCUGUUGUUGGUUGCGUGCAUGUGGAUAAUGCGCAUGGCGAGAGACGAUCCGCGCAGCCACUACGAGGCUUUCUACUUCGCGAACUUUGUGGCGAAGCCCACACUCGUCGCGGCUAUGCAUCGCUCCUUAGAUCAUCGACGAUCCGUCGUUCGAGCCGCGAAAGUUGUCACAGAGAGUCUCGGGAAGGCGAACGCUACGUUCGGGCAGUACCCCGACUACAUCCCUCAAUGGGCACCCUGCGGUAUUGGUUUCAGGCACGACGCGAGCAUAACGGGGCCAGAGGAUGCGAAAAAGCUAGAUUGGUUGGGUUCGGCCCCCCCCGAUGAUGACAACAACAACGAGGGGAAAGAUGGCGCGUAGGUGGGGUGGGGGGGGGGAGGUUUGGCUGCUUGUGUGGACUCGGGCGCAUGUACAAG